AUGAUGGCGCUACACGCAUUAGCAAAAAUAACGAAAUCAUACUUCAGUUAUCAGUUGAGGAAAGUUAUUACAUGUAAAGUGUCUGCAAAAGAUUUGUUACGACAUUUCGAACUUGUUAAAACCAUAACGGCUGUAAAGGAGAUUAAUCUAAAGCUGCUAACAACAAGUGGAAAAACAGCUGAAUUUUUAUUUUCACCUAGUGAUACAGCUGCAGACGUCUCUCGAUAUGUUUAUGAGAAUUGGCCUGAAUCUUGGAAUGAUGAAAAACACGUUGAACGUUAUGAAGUUUUAAGAUUAAUUUACCAGGGGCGUUUUUUACAUGGUAAUGUGACAUUGAGCGCAUUACGUCUACAAGGAAAAACCACCGUCAUGCAUUUAGUUCCGAGAGAAAAUCUUCCUGACCCUGUUGCUCAAGAUCAAAAACGAAAACAUAAAGCAGCAAAUGAGAUCACUACUAAUGUUCAGAAUCAUUCGACGGCAACAAAUAGUACUGGAACACCAGAAGAACGUCAAGAUGAAAUUAAUUCUAACAAUGAUGAUUUACAUAAAGAAUUGGAAGGUAUGGACAAUGAUGAACGAUUAGAGUAUGUGAAUAAAUUGAGUACAGUUAUAUUUGAUGAAAUAAUUGAAAAGAAAAAUGGUGAUCCAUCAAAAUGGGAAAGUUAUUGGGAAAAAGAUGAAAAUGAUAUUGAAUAUUGGAGUGAAAAAGAUAUACGAUUAGAUCCUGUUAAAGGUUUAUUAACAGCUGUUGAAAAUGGAAAGUUGGAACGUGUUAAGGAUUAUGUAGAAAAAAAUUUCAAUUUAUUAACGGCAACUGAUUCUGAUGGUUAUACGCCGUUACAUCGUGCAUCAAGUAAUAAUCAUAUUGAUAUAACAAAAUAUUUAAUUGAAAAAGGAGCGAAUGUCAAUUUGGAAACAAAUGAUAAAUGGACUUGUUUACAUUGUGCAUGUUUCUGGAAUAAUGCCGAUUUGGCAUCAUUAUUAAUACAAAAUGGGGCAAAUGUUAAUGCACAGACAAAUGGUGGACAAACAUCAUUGCAUUUAGCUGCUUCUCAAACAAAUCAUCGACAAGUAAUACAAUUAUUACUAAUGAAUCCAUUUAUCGAUGUCAAUAUAAAAAAUAAUUUGGGUGAAACAGCUGGAACAAUUGCAACACGUUCAAGUUCAAUACACUGUUUAUUUGAUUUAUAUACCGAUACUUUAAUGAAACUUGAACCAUCAAUGACAUGA